GCCGCGGCGUCGCCUGGAGAUCGUUUUCGUGUCCUCGGACCAGGACCAGCGGCAGUGGCAGGACUUCGUGCGGGACAUGCCGUGGCUGGCGCUGCCCUACAAGGAGAAGCACAGGAAGCUUAAACUUUGGAACAAAUAUCGAAUUUCCAACAUUCCAUCACUAAUAUUCCUAGACGCCACCACCGGGAAGGUCGUGUGCAGGAAUGGGCUGCUGGUGAUCCGGGAUGACCCAGAAGGUUUGGAAUUCCCUUGGGGACCUAAACCCUUCCGGGAAGUCAUUGCAGGGCCCUUGCUUAGAAAUACUGGGCAGUCCCUGGAGAGCAGCAGCCUGGAGGGGUCUCACGUGGGAGUCUAUUUCUCUGCACACUGGUGUCCACCCUGCCGAAGCCUCACCCGGGUCCUGGUGGAAUCCUACCGGAAGAUCAAGGAGGCAGGCCAGACAUUUGAGAUCAUCUUUGUUAGUGCAGACAGGUCAGAGGACUCAUUCAAACAGUACUUCAGUGAGAUGCCCUGGCUCGCUGUCCCCUACACUGACGAGGCCCGGCGGUCGCGCCUCAACCGACUCUAUGGAAUCCAAGGCAUCCCCACCCUCAUCGUGCUGGACCCGCAGGGGGAAGUGAUCACGCGGCAGGGGCGGGUGGAGGUGCUCAACGACGAGGACUGCAGAGAGUUCCCCUGGCACCCCAAGCCCGUGCUGGAGCUCUCCGACUCCAACGCCGUGCAGCUCAACGAGGGCCCCUGCCUCGUCCUUUUUGUAGAUUCUGAGGAUGAUGGGGAGUCCGAGGCGGCCAAGCAGCUGAUCCAGCCAAUAGCCGAGAAGAUCAUCGCCAAGUACAAAGCCAAAGAGGAAGAGGCACCGCUCCUGUUCUUUGUGGCGGGAGAGGAUGACAUGACUGACUCCCUGCGAGAUUAUACCAACCUGCCCGAGGCUGCCCCUUUGCUCACCAUCCUGGACAUGUCAGCCCGGGCCAAGUACGUGAUGGACGUGGAAGAGAUCACCCCUGCCAUUGUGGAGGCCUUUGUGAAUGACUUCCUAGCAGAAAAGCUCAAACCAGAGCCCAUCUAGUGGAGCUCCAGCCUCAUGAGACGUUAUUUAAAACUCAGUCUUCCCCUCCUCCUCCUCCCCUUCCUUCCCUUCGCCCUUGGACUUUUCCAGCGUGUUCUGAAUCACACAACUCAAGUGUCCAACCUCUCUGUGGUGCCUUGUUUUCUGCAUUAAGUCCUCAGCUAGCACCUUAGGGUGCGCAUCCUGUCAGCAGCAGCAGAACCCACCGUGUUUGGAGACUCUUGCUUGGGAUUCACGGGGCUGGCGUAACCCAGCCAGAACUGGGACUGCAUCACUCAGUCACUAGCUCUUGGUGAAGUAUCUGCCAAGGUGUUCUCCUGCCAAGUAAGCAUGAAGGGACAGUGCACUGGGGCUCGGGCUCAUGAGACAGCUCAGUGACACGUACAUGCAGGUGGGGCAGGGAAAGGGCUGCGGCCUCCUUAGGCCUCGCUUAGAGUGCUGGUGAGAACAUCCUUUCCUAGUGACUUAGUCUGUGUCGGUCUGAGGGAGAAACACCAGCUUGUCAGUCGGUUCUUGGGCAGGGGAUCUCCAGCUCGCAAAGGAAGCUUGUGUUCUUUUCUGGUGAGAAAAAGAGUAGCUGCGGUGAUGAUUUAUAUAGUAAUUGCUUACUUUUAUUGAACUCCUACCAUGUGACAGGAGCUUCUCAUUCUUUCCUAAUCUCUCUCUCUCCCUUGAUCUUGACCUUCUCCAAGUUUCUUCUCAUAUGAACAGCACCUACUUUUGUGGAAUUUUGUUGAUAAAUUCUCUCCCUUGGACAUCUUCCCAAGAAGAUGCGCUCGGCCCUGCCUUCUUAGAGG